GAUCAAGCUUCAAGAGGUCAUGACAGUCAUGUUGAACCUAAUUAUGAUGGAUCAAGAGGCUGCGGUGGUCAUGGUAAAUCAAGAGGCUGUAGUGGUUGUGGUGAAUCAAGAGUUCAUGGUGGUCAUAGAGGUUGUGAUUGUUAUGGUGAAUCAAGAG